UGUUGUUUGAUCUCCUCCCUGUCUCGCCUCCUCCCGAGCUUCCAUUCGACGGGCUCUAUUUUCUUAUCUUACGAGUUCUCUGUCUUGUAUCAUUCCUUAUAUAUAUUAUCAUUCAAAUAGUGUCUCUUUUCGCCCUCCAUGCGUAUCGACUCCGCGGCGCUACAUCUGGUCCCAGUGCUUCUGGGCCAGGUCGGUGCUCUACAGUUACCCUUAGUCCAAGAGUCCAAUUCACAGCGGCCGACGACAAACGCAGGUGACAAACCACUAAUUAGCUCUCCGCUGCUUCAGGAGCAGGUCAAGGCGGAGAACCUGUUGGACAGAGCCCGGCAGCUAUACAAGAUCGCGGAGCUGGGAGAAGACGAGUAUAACCAUCCCACUCGCGUCAUUGGCAGCAAAGGUCAUCUUGGCACGCUCGACUACAUAUACUCCGCCCUUACCGACCUCGGUGAUUAUUAUACGGUCGUCAAUCAGUCCUUCCCUGCCGUGAGCGGUAAUGUCUUCGAGUCUCGCCUUGUCCUUGGUCACGAUGUUCCCAAGUCGGCUACACCAAUGGGUCUCACCCCCCCAACGAAGAAUAAGGAGCCGGUAUAUGGCCCCCUGGUUGCUGUAUCUAACCUCGGGUGUGAGGCCUCGGACUACCCUUCCAACUUGGAAGGCGCCGUUGCAUUUAUCAGUCGGGGAAGCUGUCCGUUUGGGACAAAGUCUCAAUUGGCUGGUAAAGCGGGAGCCGUCGCUGCUGUCAUCUACAACAACGAGCGGGGUGACCUGAGCGGAACUCUAGGAAACCCAACACCCGAUCAUGUUGCUACCUUUGGUAUCUCCGACGCGGAUGCUGCCCCGGUCCUGGAGAAGCUGAAGAAAGGCGAGAAGGUCGACGCUAUCGCCUACAUGGAUGCGAUCGUCGAGACCAUCCACACCACCAACAUCAUCGCGCAGACCACGGAUGGUGACCCUGACAACUGUGUAAUGCUGGGUGGCCACAGUGACAGUGUGGCCGAGGGCCCGGGUAUCAAUGAUGAUGGCUCUGGUACUCUGACUCUUUUGGAACUUGCCACAUUGCUCACCCAAUUCCGUGUCAACAACUGUGUGCGAUUUGCUUGGUGGGCCGCCGAGGAGGAGGGCCUUCUCGGAUCUGACUACUAUGUGUCCGUUCUCACCCCGGAAGAGAACCGCAAGAUCCGCUUGUUCAUGGACUACGACAUGCUCGGGUCGCCCAACUUUGCGUACCAGGUGUACAAUGCCACUAACGCUGUGAACCCCGAGGGAUCCGAGGAGCUUCGUGAUCUCUACACUGAGUUUUACGAUGCUCAUGGGUUCAAUUACACGUACAUUCCCUUCGAUGGACGCAGCGACUAUGAUGCCUUCAUCCGGCAUGGUAUUCCCGGUGGUGGGAUUGCCACGGGAGCUGAGGGAAUCAAGACGGCCGAAGAAGCGGAGAUGUUUGGCGGCGUUGCUGGCGAAUGGUAUGACCCGUGCUACCACCAGCUCUGCGACACGGUGGCCAAUGUGAACCUGACCGCGUGGGAAUGGAACACCAAGCUCGUUGCCCACUCUAUUGCGACUUACGCCAAAUCCUUCGACGGGUUCCCGGAGCGGUCCGAUGAACCUAUCAGUCCGCUUGCCUAUGAGGAACCGAAGUACCAUGGCCACUACCUGCAGUUGUAAGAUUCAUGUACCCCUAAGCUUGAUAGUGGGGUAAUAUCUGUAGCGGGGACCCUUCUUGUCCUGAGGCUAAGUCAGAUUGAAACUUAUGAGAUGAACGAAUAGACUGUCACUUUUCAUGUAGACCAUCACCCG